AUUAUUUAAUGAAUUUUCCAUUGUUAUAAGCUUCUUUACUGUGAACCCUAAUCGCAAGGCAAACCCCCAAAAAAUUGGCAAUGGAGAUGUGGUCGAAUCUCGGGACGCUCAUGGCAGCCAUAAUUUUUAUGGGAACAAUGGCCAGGGAGUUCCUCCCUCCCGAGCUCUACGAAUAUUCCACAGAUCUACUGCGCAGGCUUUCGCGAUUUCUGUCUUCCUACAUCACUCUAGUCAUUGAGGAGAACGAAGGCAUCAAGGUCAGUGAUCUUUACGAAUCAGUGCAAAUUUAUUUAAGCAUGCUAUCUUCUUCUGCCGCCACCAGAUUGAAGCUCAGCAAGCCCAAAAAUGACAAGGCUUUUACCUUCACCAUGGACAAAAGGCAACAAAUUAUUGACGAAUUUCAGGGCGUUAAAGCCUGGUGGACUUUCCGUAGCAGAGAGUUAAAGCAGCCUCUUUUCUCCUGGUAUAACGUCUCCGACGAAAAGCGCUACUUCGAGCUCACAUUCCACAAGAAGAACAAAGCCAGGAUAUUUCAAUCCUAUCUGCCGCAUGUAAUUGCAGAGGCCAAGAUCAUGGAGCUGAAAAACCGUCACCGGAAGAUUUACACAAAUAAAGGUCCAAAGUCGCAUUCAUACGAGGACAGAAACCGCGUUUGGACGCCGGUGGUUUUCGAGCACCCUGCGACGUUCGAAACCCUGGCUCUUGACCCGGAGGUAAAGCAUGACAUUAUGCAGGAUCUCAGAAAGUUUUCUCAGGGGGAAAAGUAUUAUAAGAAGGUCGGCCGUGCCUGGAAACGGGGGUAUUUGCUCUACGGCCCCCCGGGCACCGGGAAAUCGAGUAUGAUUGCUGCUAUUUCGAAUUUUCUCGAGUAUGACAUUUAUGAUCUGGAGUUAACCGAGGUUAAGAGCAACACCGAACUGAGGAAGCUUCUUAUUGGGACUACAAAUAAGUCUGUUCUUGUGAUUGAGGACAUCGACUGCUCACUGGAUUUGUCCGACAGGAAAAAGAAGGCGAAGAAAGAGAGCAAAGAUGAGAAAAACCCUGCGAAAGAUGAGAGCGGCAGUGAGGAAAGUAAGGUUACUUUGUCUGGGGUUUUGAAUUUUACAGAUGGUUUGUGGUCGUGCUGUGGCAGUGAGAGGAUUAUUAUUUUCACGACGAAUCAUGUUGAUAGGCUGGACCCUGCGCUUCUUCGGUCGGGGCGCAUGGAUAAGCAUAUUCAUUUGUCUUUCUGCACUUUUCCUGCGUUUAAAGUUCUUGCUCGAAAUUACCUUGGAAUUGAAGAUCAUCCUUUGUUUGAGAAAGUUGAGAUUUUGAUGAAAGAAGCGCAGAUCACGCCGGCAGAUGUGAGCGAGGGAAUGAUGAGGGCAAGUGACAAUCCCACCGCUGCUCUUGAAAAGCUGAUUCAGACUCUGCGCCGGGCUAUGGAAAUGGCGGAGGUGAAAAAUGAAAUUUCGCCGGAGAAUGAAAGUGUAGAAGCCAAUUCAGUUGCAGAUGGAUCUCCUCCGGUUACUGUAAUAGAUGAAGAUUCCAGUUUAAAUUCAAAAGUUUCAGAAGAAUAGGAAUAUGUUGAGAAACCGGGGAGAUAGAUUAUAAUAUGUCUGAACUCAAUAUUCUAUGUUUUUGUUUGUUAAUAUAGUUCUACUUCGUCCAUAACAAGG